UCCUCUCCAUGACCCGCCCAUCCGCCGCCGCUGCCUGAGCCAGGUCAGGUGUUCUUGCUGCAGCUACGUAAACUCCGUGUUUUGGGAACUGCUUGGAUCUAGUGUGCGGGACAGACCCGGUCGAGGCCAUGCUCAGACGGAUACUUCAGAUGACUCCUGGGAAGGGAGGCUCCCAGAAUGCAGAGUCAGAGCAACCCACCACAGACCUCAACCACGAUGAGACAUCUGAGGGCUUCAUCUGUCCUCAGUGCAUGAAGUCGCACAACUCUGCAGAGGAGCUGUUCAAGCACUACGAGCUGUUCCAUGAUACCGGAGACCUCCCCGCUCACAUGGCCCCCACUCGGGAAGACCUUACAAUGCUGCGGCAAGAAGUUCAGGACCUGCAUACUUCUCUCAAGGAGGAAAGGUGGUUCUCUGGAGAGCUAAAGAAGGAGUUAGAUAAAGUCCAAGGACACCUGAAGCAAAAUGAUGGACAGGUGACCUCAGAGGAUGCAGUCCUUGAAAAGAAGCUGAAUGAAGCAGAGACAGAAAAGUUCAACAUCAAGCAGAUGAAAGACCUGUUUGAGCAGAAGGCUGCACAGCGAGCCACGGAGAUAGUAGAUUUAAAGUCCCGCUAUGAUGAGGAGAAGAGCUUAAAAGAGGCUGCGGACCAGAGGCUGGCCAAGUUGACAGAGCACCUGCAGAAAGAGACGCAGGAGAUCGAGAGACUCAAAACAGAACUGCUGCAGCGACCGGGAGUGGAGGACGUGGAGGUCCUGCAGAAGGAGCUAAUACAGGUGCAGACGUUGAUGGACCAAAUGACGCGUGAGAGGGAGGACGAGUCUGAACGCCUCAAAUGCCAAUACGAGCAACUGCAGGCUAACUACACUACCUCAGAGUUGACCAUAUCCCAACUAAAAGCAGAGCUGGAGAAGGGUCCACAAGAAGCAGCCGUCUACACCCAAGAGAUCCACCAGCUUCAGAGCAAUCUGAAUAAUCUGCAGCAGCAAAGCCAGAGCCUGUCUGAAAAACUGGCACAUAAGGAGAAGGAGCACCAGCAACUGGAGGAGAGUCUGGGAGCUGAGAAAGCUGCCAAGAAGGGAGUCCAGGGCAGCCUGAGCGAAAGAGAGCAGGAGGUCCAAGAGCUCCAGGCUCGGGCCUCUGGAGCUGAGGCCUCUCUGCACAAGACCCAGACAGAGCUUGGAGAGAGAACUGAGGAGGUGACGAAGCUGAAGAGUGAGAUUGGUGAGCUCGAGGUGAAGCAUGCAGAGCUGAAGGUUGAGAGGAAACAGCUUAACCAGCAGAGGGAAGAAAAAGAGAGUCAAGGUGCUCAGCAGCAGACCGAGAUCAGUCAGCUUCACGCCAAACUUCUGGAGGCAGAGCGACAGCUGGGCGAGGUGCAAGGUCGUCUGAAAGAACAGAGGCAACUGUCUGGAGAGAAACUGAAAGACCGCGAGCAGCAGUCAGCCGACCUGCAGCUCAAUCUCUCCCGUACAGAAGAACAGCUGAAGGAAGGUGCCAGUAAGAACACCGACCUGCAGCACCAGCUAGAAAAAGCCAAGCAGCAGCACCAGGAGCUCCAGGCGCUGCAGCAAAACACAAACGGCAAACUCCGCGAAGCACAGAACGACCUGGAGCAGGUGCUGCGUCAGAUUGGGGAUAAGGACCAGAAGAUCCAGAACCUGGAGGCUCUGCUGCAGAAGGGCAAAGACAUUGUGAGCCAACUUGAAACCGAGAGAGAAGACUUAUGUGCCAAGAUCCAGGCCGGGGAGGGAGAGACGGCUGUGCUGAGCCAGCUGAAAGAGAAAAACCAUGCACUACAAGAACAGGUGACGCACUUGACAGACAAGCUGAAGAACCAGUCGGAGAGCAACAAGCAAGCCCAGGAUAACCUACACAAGCAGGUCCAGGAGCAGAAGACUCUGCUGCGUUCGGCCCAGGACCGAGCCCACACCCUGGAGACGUCAGUCACAGAGGUCACCACCCAGCUCACAGACAGCAAGGAGAAAGUCGCCCAGCUGGACGCCCAGCUGAAGGCAAAGACAGAAAUGUUGCUCUCUACUGAGGCGGCUAAAGCUGCACAGAAGGCCAACCUGGAAAACAACCUGGAGACUGCCCAGCAUGCACUGCAGGAUAAGCAGCAGGAGCUGAAUAAAGUUCAGCAGAAGGUGGAAGAGCAGGUCCAGAGGCUCAAGGAGAGGCAGGAGCAGUGCACGCAGCUGGAAGCGGGUCUUAAAGAAUUCAAAGACAAACUGCUGGCCUCAGAGCAGAGUGUAGAGCAGGUGGAGGGGCUAAAUAAGAAAUUGGAGUCACAGGUCGGGGAGAUGCAGGCUACACGUGAUCAGGCGCAGCAGGAAGUUGAGAAGUUGCAGAAGGAAGGGUCAGAGGUUAAACAGAAAGCUAAGGAGCUGCAGCGCUCACUGGAAACAGAGAAAACAGGGGCUUCUACGCUACAAGAGGAGUUAAAGAAGCAGGCUGCGGCUUUGAGCGACACCCAGCAGCAGCUGCAGUGCUGUGAGCAGGACAAAGCUGCUCUGAAGGUGAACCUGGACAAGGUGACACAGGAGGGAAAGACUCAGCAUGCAGAGCUGGACAGAAAAUCACAGAGUCUGGCAGCAGAGCUACAAAAAGCCCAGCAGGAGAAGGAGGCUCAAAGGAAGGAGCUUGGCUCUACUCAGGAGAACCUAGGAAAGGCUAGAAAGGCUCAGAAAGACAGUCAGAGUCAACUGGACACGGAGAGGAAGAGCCACAAGGCAGCCAUGGACGAAAAGGAAAAGUCCAACGAGAAGGCCCGACAGGAGCUUCUCAAGAAUAAUGAGAUCAUUACCAAGACAAUGCAAGAAUCUAAAGAACAGUUGGAGCAGAUGAGAGAGGCAGAGAAAAAGCUGAAAGGGCAGCUGAGCUCGUUAGAGAAGCACCAGUCAAAGACUCAGGAGACACUGAAGGAAAAGGAGAAAGAGCUGGAGAAGCUGCGGGCACAGCUGAAGACAGCCCAGGGGUCCUUUGAGGAGGAGAUGAAGAAACUGAACAGACAAGUGACAGAGUCACAGGAAGUCAAUGCCAAGAAAGCGGAGGAGGAGGGUCAGCUGAGGGCCCAGGUGUCGGCACUCGGCCAGGAGCUGACCUCUGAGAAGAGCCAAGUGGCCGAGCUGCAGAAGAGCUUUGUGCAAAGUCAGGAAGGUCUGACCAAGCUUCAGUCCGACUUCUAUGGCAAAGAGUCGGAGGUCUCGGCUCUACGUCAAGACCUCAAGGCCUCUGAUGAGAAGUUGGGUGUAGCCCAGGAGGAGCUGGCUGCUAAUCAAACCCAUCUGACCGGUUUGGAGGCUCAGAUCCAGGAGCUGAGGACCAGUCGCAGCUCGUUGGAGCAGGAGCUCACCAAACAGGAGCAGAAGCGCCACCAGCAGGAGCAAACACUGAAGGAGCUACAGAAGCAACAGAACCAGUCGAAGGAAGAGCUGGAGAAGGAGAAGAGCAAAGUGGAGGAGCUGAACAAAGCCAAGAGUGUCCUGGAAAAGAGUAACAGCAAGUUAACAUCGGAGUUAAAAGCACUAACAGAGAGGAAUGAAAAGGAGCUGGCUGAGCUGCGAGAAGCCAAACAACUGUUGAUUCAGCAGAAACUGGAGUUGCAAGGUCAGGUGGAGGCGGUAAAGGGAGCACUGGAGCAAGAGCAGAAAGAACAUCAGGCCACCACGGACAGCAGGAGCCACAGGGAGGACCAGCUCCUCUCCAAAACCAACGCUGUCCAUGAUCAGCUGGCUGCAGAGAAGCGAGCCAGAGAGGAGCAGGUGAAGCUGCGAGAGGAGGCUGAAGCCAAGCUGGGCGUGCAGGUGACGGCGCUGAAUGAAAACGUGGCCACGCUGAAGAGAGAGUGUCAGGGCAGCCAGAGGAGAGUCGGUGAACUGGAGAAGCAGACGGACGAGCUGAGGGGAGAGAUCGCCGUGCUGGAGGCCACGGUCCAGAACAACCAGGACGAGAGGCGGGCUCUUCUGGAAAGGUGUGUCAAGGGAGAGGGUGAGAUAGAGAAGCUGCAGGCCAAGGUGGUGGAGAUGAGGAGGAAGGUGGACGACACGACGGCAGCCAUGCAGGAGCUGGGCAGAGAGAACCAGUCGCUGCAGAUCAAGCAGUCCCAGUCUCUGACCAGGAAGUGGGCCGAGGAUCAUGAGGUGCAGAACUGCAUGGCCUGUGGGAAGGGCUUCAGUGUCACCGUCAGGAAGCACCACUGCCGACACUGUGGGAAUAUUUUCUGCAACGAGUGUUCGGCGAAGAACGCCCUGACGCCGUCCUCUAAAAAGCCAGUACGGGUGUGUGAGACAUGUUUUGAGGAUCUCCAAGGCUGAUCCCCCUCUCAUGGGUUCUACCUAACCCCAACACCCCCACCCCCCCUACCCCUCCCGCCGCUCCGUCCCUCCUCCUACCUACUCCAGCGGGCAGAAGGUCUUUGUCGUAUUUACUGUGCACUAUAAAAGGACAGACUCCCACCUGCAUGCGACUUGUGGCUCUGGCGCGGAGGGAAGUGACCGGAGGGAGCCACGUGGCGAGAUGGCGUGGGAUCUGGGUCGGGACUGUCUGUAUCUGUUUUUGUGCCUUUGCUCCUCCUGUGGACUGCCAGAGAGCGGAGACAGCUGGAACCCAACGCCAUCCAUCUCUUUACGUUUGCCUUCACAUCUCCAUCUUUGUUUGGCUUCAUCAGCGCGACUGCAAGGCGGCUGCUUCUUGUGCGUUGUGAUACGUCUGAAGGCGAGAGAGGUCAGCGUGAGUCUGAGAGAGUGAAUGAAGAAGUCACUGUGGUGAGGCUGAAAACCACUGCUGCCCUACAAAGGUAUAUGCAGGUAACGAUUGUGUCCCAAAAAAUUAAAUAUCUGUAAAUAUAAUUAAAAAUACAACUGUAAAGAUUCACAUCAAAUUAAUCACUAACUAAGUAAUCCGAUUUUUAUAGUUAAACCCAAGUAAUAUGAUGAUGAAAAUAUUUUUCUAACACGUUUCGGUUAAGCAGACAAACUUUAUUUUACAACAGAGUACUAGAGCCAAAUUGAAGAAAAACUAAUUCAUAGAGUUUGAGUUUAAUGUCGUAAUUGUACAUGAAUUAAUUAAAAAGUAUUAGGAAAUCUUUUAGAAGAUCUACUCCUUCUGGAUCCAAAGUCUGAAACCCAAGUCAUUGUUUCGUGAGACUUCAAAUUUGUGUUGCCUUUACAUGCCUCUAAUUCUCUGUUGUAAUAGUUCAUUUGUUAAACGCAGAUUCCAUUUCCUUUGGCAGUAAAAACUAAGUUAACAGUUGGACAGCUGCAGUUAGAAUUUUAGGGUUGUGGACAGGGUUUCAUGUAUGUCCAUGAUGUUGUGUCCACGCACAUGAGUAAAUGUGGACACUGUACAGACACUGUAGAGUGAAAAGGGAGGAAGGGAAAGCUUGAGAUUUUUCUCUGAGCAUUUUGUUUUGUUUAUUAGUCUCGAACAGUAAAAACAGUUUUUUAAAACCUUUUAAAGAAAACACGCCAUCCGUCAGUUUAUGCACCAGCGAUCUUCUGUACAUAACUCGAUGUCAAAUCAGUUCCUGCAUGAUUCCUUUGUGUGGCAGCGCGUUAAUGAACUAGUGGGAAUUAAUAAAUGUAUUUCACGACCAAAGAAUGUCUGCAGCAGGAAAACAGGCACGACGAAAAGCCCAGAGUUUGGUUCUUCACAUUUCAGUAUUUUUACGAAGUUUUUGAGUUUUAAAUCCCAGGGUCUGACAAUUUUAUCUCGAACAGAAGAUGUGUGACGAUCUGAGAGGCUUUUUUUUGUUUUGUUUUAAAUGUACAGUUGUGUUGUUUUCUACAGAUUGUGGUGCUUUCUGCAGACUCAGUCAUCGAAGGUGUCUGCAUGUUGAUUUUAUAAAUGUUUUAUUUUCUUGCUGCUUGUUUCAUCCACACAACAGCCCUGACUACUGUGUGUGUGUGUGUGUGCGCUUGUGUGUUUGUUUGUGUGAGAGAGCAAGGGCUUUAGCUGGGUGUGGCAUCACUGUAACCGAGUACGUGUGUGUUAGUUUUUUAGGCCUGCUUGUGCUCGUCUGCUCACAUGCACCGUGUGAAUGUCGGCCGUUGAGACGUCUGUGCUGCGUUCAGGUGCAGCGGCCACCGUCUGCUCUCUGUCCAACACGCCUGCAGCUGAGAACACUGUAAAAGCUCCUCCCUGCUUUGUUUAAUUUAAAUGUGUUGACAGAUGUCAUUAAGAUCUUUUUGUGCAAUUGUCUACAGACCGGAGUGGACGACAACACUGAAAGCCCGGCGACAACGCAGGUGGUUCUGGUUCUGUUGUUUUGCAACAUGCCGCUUGUUUCAGACUCAGGUUGAACCGAAUUUAGAUCGAUACACUUUUCCAUCUCAGUUGCAAACUCUCAGAAGCGCCUGCCUCUUUAGUUGCGUCGCCUCACUUUUGUUUCGUCUACCUCAGAUUGGCACAGGAACAGCACUAUUUCUACAGAUGUCACAGAUGUUGUAUUAUCGCCUGCGUUCGAGGAAUUUGAUCCAUCAACUUGUACAGUCCAGAAAACCUCUAGAGAUAAUUUGCACCUUACUCUGCUCUGGGCUCGUCCGUACGAGAACCCGGCCACAAACAUUAGGACUUUAUUCAGACUUCAGCGUUUCUAACCCCCCCGAUGUACUUUAACCUGCUCAUUAAUACACAGUCUGUCAUAAUUAUCUUUGUAAAUGUUUGUAAUGAAAGAGAAAAAAGGAAAUAUAUAACACACAUGGAUGUAGAAACAUGAAA